CUGUGAUAUGGUUAUCAUUCGCACAGCCGGGGAACGGUUACUGUGGAACAUUUCGCGAUCGGUUUUUGAAUAUUGUCCAUUUGCCAUGUUUCGGAACGUUUGCUACCGCCUGAUCGGCCGAUUGUCGGUGUCACGCCCGUUUACAAUGAACCAGCGUCACGAAAUUCACUGUCGUAAAAUUGUGUUCAACGAAUUCGGCGAUCCCACAAAAGUCGCCAGACUCGUUGAAUGCUCGUUACCGGACCGACCCGAUGAUCAACAGGUCUUGGUGAAAAUGCUCUUAGCACCGGUCAAUCCUUCCGACAUUAACACAAUCCAAGGCGUGUAUCCAGUUAAACCACCGUUACCCAGCACUCCUGGUUUUGAAGGAAUUGGAGAAGUACUCGCUGUCGGAUCUGCUGUUAAAAAUCUAGUUCCCGGCGAUCGAGUGGUACACACCGGUGCUAUCGGUACUUGGUGUACGGCAGGGAUUUUUGAUUCUAAAAAACUCAGAAAAGUGAGCAAAGACAUUGAUAUGUAUGCAUUGAGUGGUAUUUCUUCAAAUCCGUGUACUGCAUACCGUAUGUUACAUGAUUUUGUUUCUCUAAACAAAGAUGAUGUAGUUAUACAAAAUGGUGCAAAUAGUGCAUGUGGACAAAAUGUUAUUCAGUUGGCAAAGAUAUUUGGUUUUAAAACCGUUAAUAUUAUACGCAGUCGACCUGAACCAGAUUUAGAAAAUUUAAAAAAUCAUUUAAUGUCCCUUGGUGCAACAAAUGUACUUACUCAAGAAGAAUUAAGGACUACAGAGCUGUUUAAAAAUGGAACCUUACCUAAACCACGUUUGGGAUUAAAUAAUGUUGGUGGGAAGAGUGCAACUGAAAUCUUACGAACAUUGGAUAAUGGUGGUGUGAUGGUUACAUAUGGUGGAAUGUCGCGAGAACCAGUCAUUGCGCCAACUACUUCAUUUAUAUUUAAAGACAUUCAACUUCGAGGCUUUUGGAUGACAAGGUGGCAUAGAGAAAAUGCUAAUACAGAGCAACAGGAUAAAAUGUAUGAAGCACUUUCACAAUUGAUGAAAGAAAACAAAUUAGUUGCACCUGCUCAUAAUACUUUACCAUUAGAAUCGUUCCAGGAAGUUGUUCAAAAUACUAUUUCAUCAAAAGGGUUUAUAGGUUUUAAAUAUUUCUUAGAUUUAGAAAAGUAAAUUUACAACUAUAAGUUUGUAAAAAAUAUAA